GUGAACGGAUGGAUCAUUCCAGAGUCAAUAGAAAAAUGCACGAAGCGAAUCCUAAUAAAACCAACCGUAAGGCCUUCUCCUCAACCAGCUCAUCGAGACGCAGCAGCAGCAACAGCAAUGAAGGUACUUCUUCUGUCCACGAGGAACAUCAGUCAGAGGAGGAGCCCGAGGAAGAGCAGGACCAUCAGUCAGAGGAAGAGCCACUCUUCGAGGAGGCAGCAGCAGCACCAGCACGAGUAACAGCACCAGCCACAGCCUCAAGUACCAGCACAAACAGUGCCACAGAUGAUGGCACAGAAAGUUGCACUAGUGGUGGCAGUGGCACACCCGUUACGGAUUUCUAUAGGGACGCCAACGUACUCAUUACGGGCGGUACGGGUUUCGUUGGCAAAGUGUUAACAGAGAAAUUGCUCCGUUCGUUUGGAUUGCGUAAAAUUUACAUGCUGAUACGCAGCAAGGACAACAUGAGCGUACAGGAGCGUUUGCAGGGAUUUUUCAAUGAAUCGAUAUUCAAUAGAAUUCGCGAGGAGUCACCACAUUUGUUGGCGAAGGUGCAUCCGAUACGCGCUGAUUACAGUGCCAUCGACCUGGACAUUGAUGCCGCCGACCGAGCAAUGCUCUCGUCUGAGGUCCAGAUUGUCUUCAAUGUUGUGGCAUCGGUGAAAUUCAAUGAGAAGCUAAGCGAUGCCAUUGAUAUAAAUGUCUUGGGCACCAAGAAAAUACUCGAUUUGGCCAUGGAAAUGAAGCAAUUGAAGUCGUUUGUGCACAUUUCGACACUGUACUGCAACUGCAAUCGCAAAUUUAUCAACGAACAAGUGUACGAGAACGAAAUUGGCUACGAAAAAAUCAUACAGAUCUAUCGCACCUUUGAUGAUGAAACGCUGGAGAAGAUGCGCCACUGCCUCAUUGGCCAAAUGCCCAACACCUACACAAUGACCAAGAAAUGUGCAGAAAAUCUGGUGAAUCAUCGGGCACUCCAUAUGCCAGCGGGCAUCUUUCGACCGCCCAUAGUAAUGUCAACGUACAAGGAUCCAUUUCCCGGCUGGACUGAUAAUUUGUACGGGCCAUCAGGUUUAUGCACUUGGUCCGCCCGGGGACUCGUCCGUUGCAUUUACGGUACGGCCAAAUGCAAGGCGAACAUGGUGCCCGCCGAUUAUGUGGUGAAUGCCAUGAUAGCAACCGCCUGGGAUAUAGCCAGAAGAUUUAAGAUACGUGCCACGCAAACGGAUUCCAAGUCAGAGCUACCCGUCUACAACUACGUAUCCGAUGUGAACAACAUUACCUGGGGCGAGUACAUGCGAUUGUCGCGCAAAGGCUUUCACGAGCCCUUCGACAAGGCGCUUUGGUGCUUCUCGUACGUUAUAAUACCAUCGAAGCCUCUGCAUUGUGCAAUUGCAUUUUUCUUGCACAAUAUCCCAGCUUAUAUUUUAGAUUUAAUUGCCAUGGUCACCGGACAAAAGCGCAUCUAUGUAAAGGCAUAUAAGAAAAUCUCUCGCAUCAUCGAUAUGAUGGCCUGGUUUGGUCUGAAGGAGUGGAAAUUCUCGCAUCGGAAUAUUGACGAAUUGAACGAGCUGUUGCCACGGGACGAGCGCACGUUGCUGCAGUUCAACAUUGCAACGAUUAAUUGGAGCGAAUAUUUUCGCUCGUACCUCAGCGGCAUCAGGCGCUACUUCUUUAAGGAUAACGCUAACGAUAAUAAAUUACAGCAGCGCAAAACUAUUUAUCGCAGGAUGCUCUUCCUGCACACGCUGCUGAAGACAACAUUUGGUCUUUCAUUAAUUAUGUGCAUGCUCAAGAUUUAUCUCAGGAUUUUCAAAAUUAUACCAAAGAUUGCACUCUGAACACUCACUGCGCGUUUCAUUAUAAAUUAUAAUCAGAAUGAUACCAGCAGUUGGUUGCUCUUAA